CGUCGCCCGGACCUCCUCGCGGGGACGGGCGGGCGGGCGGAGGGCACCGGGGACGGGGCCCGCCGGGCUGCGGAAGGGACUCCCCGCGGGUCGCUGGCGUUCCCCCUCCUCGCUCCGUUAAGCGCAGCGCUUUCCGAAGGCCAGGGGUGCCGCGAGGGAGGCACGGAGCCGCUCUCCGCACGGCCGUGCCGCUCGGCAGGCAGCGCAGCGCCGGGCCUUCCCCCCAGCGCCCCUCGGGGCAGCGCUUCGGCCGCGGCGAGCGGAGAGGGGCGCGCUGCCAGCGGGCCGCGGGGACGGCAGCUGCCGGGAAAACUGCCUCCAGCGAGCCCUGAACUUCUCUCCUCUAAAGGGGAGGGGUCUCUUCUGGCCCGGGCGGCGGCUGCGGUGCCUCCGCAGGCGGUGCUGCCCCGGCCCCCGCGCUCAGGUGAGCGGGCGCUGCGCGGAGGGCCGCGGAAAGCCCGCAGGUCGCCGUGCCCGCACGCAUUCCUCCGGGAUUCCCGGCAUUCCUGAGCCAGCGGCGCUCCGACUUCAUCUCCGUCUUACUCCACAAAUUGGCGUCUUUUUUACGAAAGGGUGUGUCCGCGUUUUGUGUGUUCGCAUUCAUGGGAAGGGCUCGGAGUGGCACUUCAGCCAUUUGUGCUUCCUGAUUAACUUUGCAUCUGAUUUAUGAUUUAUAUCCCUCCCGUCUGGUGACAACUUUAUUGGGAGAUCGAUGCUGCGAUACAGCUUUUGUGGUGGAGUUGGAUUAGCAUCUGCAGUUGACAAAAGAACAGUUGUACAGCUUUUAUCUUUUGCCUCUGUAAUCCUCUGACAAUCAUGGAGCCAUAUUUUGCUGGUUUUAAGCAGCAGGACUACGAAGUUACUCUUGAACUUGCAAGUGAGGACAUUCAAAAAAAUAGAAAUGGGCAAAAUUCUAAGACAGGAACUUAUGGUGUCAGUAUUAGAGUCCAAGGAAUUGAUGGACAUCCUUACAUAGUACUAAACAAUACAGAAGGAUGUUUGUCAGAAAAUCCUCCUCCUUCUGGAAAAGAACAGCAGGUCAUUUCUCAGACUAUGAGCCAGCCAAUCACAGACUCCAAUACUGCUUUUAAAUUAGAGGAUAAAAACGAUGAUCGCACAAAUUUUCCUGGAACACAGCACGUGCAACCCUGUACGUUUAAAAGCCUAAAGAUAUCCAAUCUGGAUGAAAAGGAAAAUGGAAUAUCAGAUUUUAAAGAUGGAGCAUUGAAAUCCUCCAACAUGUUAAACUUUCAGAGACAUCCUGAGCUUUUACAGCCUUAUGAUCCUGAGAAAAAUAACUUGAACUUGGAAAAUUACCAGUCUUCUGUGUGCAGUAAAUCUACAUCUUUUGCAAAUGAAGAUAAAACUGAAGUAAAGCCGUGGAUUUCUUCUUCAAAAGUAGUAUCCUUACAGAAAACAAAUACAUAUCUUGCAGAGUCAACCAAAGCAAAUUCAAAAAAAAUACAUUUGAACAGGACAGUGGACAUAGAAGACCAAAACAAGCAUGUGUUGGAUUGUCCUGGUAGCAUAAUCAGCCCCAGUGAGGUGGGUGUUUCAGAAUCGUUUUCAUCUACAGGAAGAUCCCCGUGUCUUAGUCCUACCGCUUAUCCAGAAACAAGGAAACCUAGACCAGAUGUUCUUCCCUUCCGCAGACAAGACUCAUCUGGGCCAUUGUUGGACUCACGAAGAUCAUCAUCUUCAUCAGCUACUCCCACUUCUGCAAAUUCGUUAUACAGGUUUUUACUUGAUGAUCAAGAGUACGCGAUCUAUGCAGAUAAUGUUAAUCGACAUGAAAACAGAAGAUACAUCCCAUUUUUGCCUGGAACUGGUCGUGAUAUUGACACUGGCUCACUUCCAGGAGUAGAUCAGCUAAUUGAGAAGUUUGAUAAAAAAGUUGAUCCUCACAGAAGAGGUAGGCCGGGAAAAAGGAAUAGGAUUCAUCCAGAUGAUCGUAAAAGGUCAAGAAGCGUUGACAGUGCCUUGUCGUUAGAGCUUGAUAUAAAUUCAGAUUAUUUGGGUGAAGUGAAUAACAGCUUAGGUAAGUCAACUGAGCACUUGCUAAAACCAUCUGAAGUUUGCUUCCAGAAGCAGUUAUCCAGAGAUCAGAAACCACCUUCCAAAGAGAUUAAAAUUUCUGCUCGAAGUAUUGGAAAGGUGCAGAUGCCUGGUAAAGACUCUCAGAACAGUCAUUUCAGUUCUUUGCAGCAUCAUAAACAAAAUGGAGAUAAUACUGAGAGUUUCAUGUUUAGGUCAUCUACACUCCCAGGACAGAAUAAGAGGGAGGAAGCUAGAACAGUAACUUCUACUCUGCUGUUGCCAAACAGAAUCACAAUUCCACCCGAUUCAGGAGCCAAAAAGAUUUCUCUAAAAACAUUUUCAUCCGUCCCUAAUAUACAGGCAACACCUGAUCUCUUAAAAGGCCAGCAAGAUGUUGCACACCAAACAAAUGAAGAGACUGCUAAACAAAUACUUUACAAUUACCUUAAAGAAGGAAGCACUGAUAAUGAUGAUGCAACAAAGAGGAAAGUCAACUUGGUUUUUGAGAAAAUUCAGACUUUAAAGUCCAGAGCUGCUGGAAAAACACAGGUUUCUGAUACUUCAGCUGAAGUAAAAGCAUUGGUGGAGCAGAAAACUGAACUUGAAAGGAAAGUGGAAGAAUUGCAGAAAAAACUGGAUCUAGAAAUCACGAAUCAGCAAAAUUGCAAAGAGGAGAGAGAUGCUACACGAGCAAGCCUGAAAGACCUUCAGCUCCGACUUGAUGAAAGUAUAAGUGAAAAAGAUGCCUUAAAAAAGAAGCUGGAAGAAAAUGAGAAGGAACUCAGGCAAAACCUAGAGGAGCUUUUUCAAGUGAAGAUGGAGCAGGAAAAACACCAGACUGAGAUCAGAGACCUUCAAGACCAGCUCUCUGAGAUGCAUGAUGAACUGGAUAACGCAAAACAUACUGAUGAACGGGAAAAAGAGGUUCUUAUUGAGGAGCUAAUGCAAAUGAAGCAGGAUCUCCAAGAAAUAUUAAUUGCAAAAGAUCAACAGGAAGAAAUUUUGAGAAAGAGAGAGCGGGAGCUUACAGCUUUAAAAGGAGCACUAAAAGAAGAAGUGUCUAGCCAUGACACGGAGAUGGAUAAACUCAAAGAGCAAUACGAUAAAGAAUUGCUAAAUCUACAACAGAGCUUGGAGAGAGCAAUGGAGAAUGCUGCUGUUCUUGCCAGUGAAAGAGAUGCUGUGGAAGAGGUACGAAAUAGCAUAGAAAAUCAAGUCAAAAAGCUGACUGAGGUAAACACACAGUUCAAGAAAACAGUUGAUGAACUAGAAACAAAAAAUGAAGAGUUGCACAAACAACUUGAUAAUAUGAAAGGAGACGAAAAUUCAAUGAAGGAAAAAAUAAAAAGCUACAAGGAUGAAAACCAACAAUUACAAGAAGCUUUGAAACAGGCUGAAAAAGAGGCAAAAGAAUUGAUGGCAUUAAAAACAUCUUUGGAAAACCAACUAGAAAAUAUGCAGGAGAACAUUCGUUGUAUUUCACAGGAACAGCAGCAGUUAACUGAACAGUUAAAAGAUGAAACUCACCAGAAGGAACAGCUGGAGAAGAUAAAGAAUGAAAUGGAAAAUGAACGAUGGCAACUGAAUAAGACCAUUGAAAAGUUACAGGCGGAGAUGGCUGAAAUGGUGGAGGCCUCGAGAACAUCAACUGUGGAGCUUCAGAACCAGCUUCAUGAGUACAAGGAGAAAAAUUGCAGAGAACUUGCAGAUGUGCAGAGACAAUUGAAAGAAAAAAACCUUGAGUUAGAAAAAUCACGCCUGACAACCAUUAGAAUGCAGGAUGAGAUGCGUCUCCUGGAAGAAAACUUGAGGGACCACCAGAGAGCUCAGGAUGAGGCAAUAACAAAAACUCAGUUGUUAGAGCAGACUGUGAAAGGCUUGGAGUAUGAACUAGAGGCCAAAAACCACCUAAAAGAUGACCGAGCAAGACAAAUCAAAUUAAUGGAGGACAAGUUAUCUCACCUGGAACUUGAGCUUGAUGAAGAAAAGAACAAUUCGGAUUUGUUGUCUGAAAGGAUCAGUAGAUGCAGAGAACAGAUUGAACAAAUGAGAACAGAGCUACUGCAGGAAAGAGCUACAAAGCAAGAUUUGGAAUGUGACAAGAUUUCUUUGGAAAGACAGAACAAGGACUUAAGAAGCCGAAUCCUUCACUUGGAAGGUUCUUACCGAUCCAGUAAAGAAGGACUUGUUGCUCAAAUGGAAGCAAGGAUCACAGAGCUAGAAGAACGACUUGAAAAUGAAGAGAGGGAUAGGGCUAAUUUCCAACUAAGUAACCGCAGACUUGAGAGAAAAGUGAAGGAGUUAAUGUUGCAAGUAGAUGAUGAACAUCUCUCACUGACUGACCAGAAGGAUCAGUUGAGUUUGCGUUUGAAAGCAAUGAAGCGUCAAGUUGAAGAAGCUGAGGAAGAAAUAGACAGACUGGAAAGUGCUAAAAAGAAACUGCAGAGAGACCUAGAAGAGCAACUAGACAUGAAUGAACAAUUGCAAGGACAGCUUAAUGCUGCAAAAAAGGAAUUAAGUAGACGAAAGAAGUCACCAAGUAAAGUGCUGACUGAUUUUGAUGAUGAUGACGACGAUGAUGAGUUCAGCACGGAUGGUGAUAGUCUCUGUGAAGCACCUUCAGGAAAUAACCUUUCAAAAGAUGACAACACAGUGAUAUAAAAUAAGUAUUGACUCUGUGUUUCCAUGAAAGUACUGGAAAAGUAACUUAAAUUAUCAAAAAACUGGAUAUUUUAGAAGCCAAAUGCCAUAAAGGGAUGUAAGAUCUGGGAAUUUGAUGUUUCCAUCCAUACUGUGCCUUUUUCUUAUUUAGAUAUCUUCUGUUUGUUACAGAAAAGAGAAUUGUUGUAAAACAGCUGUAAAACAUGGUUAUUUGUAACUGCUACUGAAAACACAGGGAUAAUGUUUUGCAUUGGAAUUGUGAUUUUGCUAAAAUUCUGUUAAAGAGCUAUUUGAAAGUAGUUCAAAAUCAGUUUGUAGUUAUUAAAAGCUUUUCACUAACAUUAAGGAAGCCACAGACAAUUAUUUAACAAUUGUAAGUACAGAAGAAUGAUAUAUAGAUUGUAAAUAUUUUAAAUCUGAUCUUUUAUUGACUACUUUAGUACUAUUUUGUAAAGUUUUAAAUAUUAUAUAAAUCAAUUUCAUAUAGAAUAUCUAAAUUUAUACUGAAUUAAAUAUUUGGGUUUUAACUAAACUAAACUAAAAUACAUUUUUUGCAUUCAUUACAGAGCAGAUUCAUACUUCCUGAGCCAGAAAGUACAUUCGGAUUUUAAAAACAGUUCAAGUUUUAUUGUAUGUUGUUUAAGACGAAAUGUAAAUCCUGCCUGUUGACUUUAAAGGGGCCAUCAUAUCUGCAUGAUGAGUGAAGCUUACCCACAGCUUUCUUGCAAACUUUGAAUGGGAAGCUUUAUCUUUGUAGGAGGUAAGGAUGAUAUUGAAAUCAGAGAUUACUUAGCAUCUUUAUUUCCUGAAGUGGACUCCAUACAGCCAGGGGCACAGCACUGUAGGCCUGCUCGUUUGAGGACACUGGGACAGGCUUUUCUUAAAGUCUCUAAGGAGUCCCACUUGUUCAAGAAAAAUUAAUUAUGGCUUAUGGAUUAAGUACGUUCUUAAAUCCGUACAUUAUUUGAUCCCAGAAGGUUACGUGCCUGGCAGGACAUGGCGCCCUUGAAACAAAAGCAUGCAAUCUAAUUAUUCUAACCUGUUCUUGAGCAUCUAUUUGGGAUAUGUUGUGAUGUAUGGUCAUAUAUGCAUAUAUUUGUUACUAUUUCAGAUUAUAGAAGUAUCUGUGUCCUGAGAAAUUCAUCUGUUAAACUUUGUGGGAAAUUUAAAAAAAAAAAAAAAAAAGGCAUUGCAAAUUCUAUUUUAAAA